AUGGCUUACGUAGAUGCAAUAAACGACUUUUUUUUUAAAAUUAAUGGAGCUGAACUGUGGAUGACGGCGUCAUUAAUAAUAAAGCUUAACGAAAGUUUAGAAGCUAUGAUAACACCGAAAAGGUAUUUCAGUUUCAAAUCAUUAUUUGAUCCGUUUUUGGGUGAUAGUAGAGAUCGGGGACAACCGCGAUCAGGUUAUCGAGGAGGCAGUGGGGGCGGUGAUGGCCCUAGAAGAUGGCCUGGAAGUGGUGGCCCUGGAGGCCCAUCACCUGGUAAGGAUUAG